AUGAUGAAGUCUAGAGUGGUGCAGGUGCUCCUGAUUCUGGCAGUUCUGUCCUUCCUUCUGAUCCACUUCCACUUCCCGCCCUGCAGCAACACUACCCCCAUGGAAGAAAAACCUUCUCCAGUGCACAUCCUCAUUCUCUCCUCCUGGCGGUCAGGGUCUUCCUUCACUGGACAAAUCUUCAGCCAGCACCCCAGCGUCUUCUACCUGAUGGAGCCUGCAUGGCACGUGUGGGUUAAGAUGUACCAGAACAGUGCCAAAGUCUUACACAUGGCAGUGCGGGACCUAGUCAGGUCCGUCUUUCUGUGUGACAUGUCUGUGUUUGAUGCUUACAUGUCUAGCCAGAAGAAAAAGUCUGAUUUAUUUCAGUGGGAAACAAGCCGAGCCUUGUGCUCCCCCCCUGCCUGCGACUCAUUCAGUCGCAGUGACAUAAUCACUGCAGGCAAUUGCAAAACAAUCUGUGGCAAGUACCCAUUCAGCAAGGUGGAGGAAGCUUGUAAAACCUACAGCCAUGUUGCCAUCAAGGAGGUUCGGUUCUUUGACCUGAAAGUUCUCUACCCCCUUCUCACUGAUCCGUCCCUGAACCUCAAAAUCAUUCACUUGGUCCGUGAUCCUCGGGCUGUGUUCAGGUCCCGAGAGAAUACAAUGGCAGACCUGAAACGUGACAGUAACAUUGUUGUGGGGUCCCAGAGUGCAAACGGAGAAAUGGGGCCCUACAACACAAUGCAAGUAAUCUGCAAAAGCCAUGUUGAGAUUUACAAGGCAGGCAGCCAGGCCAUUCCCAGCUUCCUGAAAGACCGCUACCUGCUGGUUCGCUAUGAAGACAUUGUAAGAGACCCGCUAGCGAGGGCUGCUCAGAUGUACAGGUUUGCAGAACUCCAUUUCACACCAGAACUUCAGAGGUGGGUGUACAACAUCACCCAUGGGAAGGGGCAAGGAACACAAGCCUUUGCUAUUGGGUCCAGAGAUGCACUGAGAGUAUCCCAGGCCUGGAGGAAGACCCUUCCCUUCCAGAAAAUAGAAAAAGUGCAAAAUGUGUGUAAGGAUGCGAUGGACUUGCUGGGCUACCGGCUCAUUCAGUCCCAAGAAGAGCAAAAAAAUAUGUCGCUGGAUCUUUUGUUUGCCCAGAACUCCGAGUAA